GCCCAAAAGUUCACUUCCCUUCCCCUCUUGAUUGUUGGGACACAAGUUGGUCUCUGUGUGUGUAUUGUGUGUGUCUCCGCUGGUCUUUCUUCCUUGACUUCUUGACCGUCUGAGGCAGGCUUAACAUCAUGUCUGACACAGAGGAUAUUGUGGAGGAAUACGAGGAGGAUGAGGAGGCUGAAGAAGAGCAGGAGGAGGACGAGGUAGAUGAGGAGGAGAGGGAACACAUUGAGGGGAGCGAGGGGGAGACCAAGCCACGGAACAAGUACAUUACCAACAUCGCUCCUCCCAAGCUACCCGACGGCGAGAAGUUAGACUUUGAUGACCUCCACCGCAAGAGGCUGGAGAAGGACUUCAAUGACCUGCAGAGCCUGAUCGAGAUGCACUUCUCCAGCCGCCAGAAAGAGGAGGAGGAGCUGGUGGCCCUCCGCAGCCGCAUCGAGCGCCGCCGUGCCGACCGUGCCGAGCAGCAGCGUGUGCGCGCUGAGCAGAACAUUGAGCGCCAGGCCCGUCUUGCUGAGGAGCGGACCCGCCGGGAAGAGGAGGCCAAGCUCCGCGCCGAGGAGGAUGCCAGGAAGAAGAACGUCUUCUCCAACAAGGCGUUCGGCGGCUACAUACAGAAGGGGGACGUGAAGAAGGGCAAGAAGCUGACGGGGCGCGAGAAGAAGACCAAGACUCUGUUGGAACGCCGCAAGCCCCUCAACAUCGACCACCUCAACCAGGAGAGGCUGGUGGAGAAGUCCCGCGAGCUUUGGCUGUGGCUGCGCCAGCUGCACGCUGAGAAGUUUGACCUGGCGGAGAAGCUGAAGAGGCAGAAGUACGACAUGAACGUGCUGCGGAACGGCAUCAGCGACCACCAGAGGGGCUCCAAGGUGGCCAAGGUGACCCGCGGGGCGAAGAAGUUACGUUAGUCACACAGCAACAACCCCAACAUGAUCAGAUUAGCCUAGCUGUUUUAGGAGCGUUUUAGGUACAACCACCUGCUUCUCUUUAUCAUAUUUCCUGAGGAUUGGGUUUAGGCCUGCUUGUUUAUUUGUUUUGUUUGUUUGCAGGUUUCUACACUAUACCGUUAGCUAAGCAGGUCUAUAACUGAUCAGCCUACAUAAUGUAUUUACAGGUUUUGCACAGGCUGUCAUUUUCUUUGGUGACUCUAGUUGUCUGAUGUAAACAUUUUAAUAUGCUUCGAGUUAUAUGGUUACUGAUAUCGUAUUCACAGAUCAAGCUAAUUGUUUGAAUGCUGUUAAUAUAGUUUUGAUUGAUCAUUCUAAUAAAAUGUGUGAAUGUU